GAGAGUUAUACAUAAGUUAAAGCCUUCUUAGGAAAGUCGCUAAAGCCGUAAAGAUGCCACCCCGUGGGAAAUGGUUGAAGUUCGCCAAGUAGCUUCCGCCAAUAAAGCGAUAUUCGCGAAAGUUAACAUCUCCCGUGGAACGCGUAUUGCUGCCGAGACUCCGUUGAUCACAAUACCACCUACCAAGUCUAUCGAGGAAGAGCUAUGGGAGGUGUGUAACGUUGUCGAAAAAAUGACGAAUAAUGAAUCCAAGGAGCUAGAACAGUUACCUUGCAGCUCUAAUGUGGCAGAUACUAUUAGAAAAAGAGGGUUUGUCGAGAACCGAGUUUGGUUCUUCUACAAGAGUAGGAAGUUGAAAAAUAACGACGGAAGUGUGCUCAGGGGGAAAAAGAUGCGGAGGAUAGUUAACAAAGCAAUCAAUCUCUGCAUCAUCUACCUCGUCAACAAUGUUCAGCUAGGGCCUGAUGGAAAAUACGGCUCGGGUGUUUUCCCCCUAUAUUCCCAGAUCAACCAUUCCUGCGUCCCUAACGCCUACAACUCUUGGAACCCGACUUUAGAGCGGUUGACUAUACAUGCGAUCCACGACAUCAAAGCCGGCGAACAAAUAUUCGUAGAUUACGUUGGCAACACAUGUCGAACUCGCAAACAACGUGCCGUCUCAUUGAAUACCACAUGGGAUAUCACUUGUAACUGCAAGGCCUGUACCGAUGAUGCACUUGACAAGUUACGAUAUCGCAUGCUGGUACUCGAUCAAGCCCUAGCAGCAUACGAGUGCGGCGCAUCCGAAGAAGCACAUCUCGAGGGCAUUCCUAAGCUCAAGACAACCAACCAAGCCCUCAAUGCUGCAGAGGAGCUUGUAAGCCUUCUGAAGAGACAACGGCUAUGUGGCAUGGAGCUCUGUAGAACGUAAGUGCCUUAGGUACCUACCUACCUGUCUUUGAAGUUUGAGUCUCAUAUGUUCUGCUUUACAGUACUUGGAGAGUGACAAUGAUGAUAGGCUUCGCGAAUGUUCGAGAUACGCCUUUGAUAGCGGGGCUUAUGAGAAGGCUUUGAAGUACGCACGUAUGGAACUAAAGCAUAAGACAUUGCUUAUCGGUACGGAAAUUAGACAUCUGAAAGAGGACUUGUAUGACGCGCAAUAUUGGGUUGAAUACAUGGAGGAAGAAGUCAAGUCACGUACCUAACGUUUAAGCUGUGAAGGGU